AAAAUUAAGGAAGGAAGUGUAUAUCUUUUUAUUCCGAAAAAAAACGAGGUGUUUUAUAACCCGGUUCAAACGUUUAACAGAGAUCUAAGUGUAAUUGCUAUACGUUCAUGGAGUAGAGUAUUUCUCAGGGAGAAAAAAGAGGUAUUAGAGAAGAAAAAAGAAAGAAAAGAAGUUAAACGGCAAAAAACUAUGAUAAUAGUGGAAAAAGAGGGUAAAGAAGGGUCAGAUAGAGGAUCAGAAGGAUAUAAAAUUAAUAUAAAUGAUGAGAAAAAGGUAUUAAAAGAUAUAAAUAAGUUUAAUUUUAUGAAUAAGCAACAAGAAAUAUGUUUAGCAAAAUUUAAUAUUCUUGAUGCAUUUUCAGCGACAGGAAUUCGUGCAAUUAGAUACAUAAAAGAGAUUGAAAAUGUAGAAUAUGUAGUGGCGAAUGAUAAUGCUAAAACAUCAAUUGAUAUGAUUAAAAAAAAUUCGAUGUAUAAUGAUGUUUUUGAAAAAGUAAAGCCUAGUCAUGAAGAUGCACGUUUUAUUAUGUAUAAACAUGUUAUUCAGAGGAAGUAUUUUGAUGUGAUUGAUCUUGAUCCGUAUGGAACAGCAUCACCAUUUAUUGAUGGAGCAGUUCAGUGUAUUUCAGAUGGAGGUCUUCUUUGUGUUACAUGUACAGAUCUUGCAGUGUUAGCAGGAGGAGGAUAUCCGGAAAAGUGUUUUUCGAAUUAUGGAUCUAUGCCAUUUCGUCAUUCUGUUUUUUGUCAUGAACAGGCGCUUCGAAUUGUUUUGCAUACGAUAUCCUCGUCAUGUGCAAGAUAUGGACGUUAUAUUACGCCAUUAUUAAGUAUUUAUUCUGACUUUUAUAUACGGUUAUUUGUCAAAAUUGAAACAUCACCAUAUAAUGUUAAAUUUCUUCAUAAUAACAUAAUGAUGUCUUAUUUAUGUUCUGGAUGUUAUACAUUCUAUAAUCAGCCAAUUGGAAAAACGUCCCCAUCCAAAAAUUUGAAUACGUAUAAACAUUUUAAUUCACAGGGACCAAUUGUUAAUCCUAAUUGUGAGUUUUGUGGAUUUAAAUUACAUAUUUCUGGGCCAAUGUGGUCAGGUCCAUUACAUGAUAAAGAAUUUGUAAAAAGUGCUUUAAAUAUUCUUGAAUCUGAAUCCAUUGACAUUUAUGAAACACUUCCACGAAUGAAAAAGUUGUUUUUAAUUAUAGAAGAUGAAUUGGUAAAUCCAUUUUAUUAUAGUCCAGCGCAUCUUUCAAAAAUUCUUCAUUGCCAAACUCCACCACUAAAGGAUGUUGUUUCAGCAUUAAUUAAUUCUGGUUAUCUUGUUUCUUUAACACAUGCAUCACCAGGUUGUAUAAAAACAAAUGCAUCUCCAAGAAUAUUAUGGGAUAUUAUGAAAUCUUGGAUAAAACAAUGUCCUGUAAAUAAAGAACAUAUUCGUGAUGGAACAGCUGGAAAAGAAAUACUUAAAAGUGACCCUGAUACUUGUAUUAGUUUCCUUUUUCAUCCAGAUAUUAAUAAAAUUUUUAAGUCUGGACUUGUUAAAUGUCAUUUGAAUCCUACAAAGAAAUCAGGUCCUAAAGCAAAAGCAAAAGUAAGAGCAAAUGAAGAUGAAAAUCCAGCUUAAAAACUAGUAUGCAUCAUAGUUGUGUUAAAGAAUAUUUAGAUA